AUGGAUUUAGCGAAUCAAGCUUUGUUUCCGACAGUUUUUUCACAAUCCACAUCAUGCAUCCCAAUACUUAAUGGUUCAAAUUUCUCGGAAUGGAAAGAAAGACUGACAUUUACUUUAGGGUGCAUGGAUAUUGAUCUGGCAUUUCGUGAGGACAUGCCACCUAAAAAGUUGUAUGAGAGGUGGGAGCGGUCAAACCGCUUAAGUCUUUUACUCAUACAAAAUCAUAUCUCCAGAAAGAUAAGGGGUUCAAUUCCUGAUUGCAAAACUGCAAAAGAAUUCUUAACAGCAGUAGAAGAGCAAUUUGUGAGUUCAAAGAAAGCCCUAGCCAGCACCUUAAUAUCAAGGUUUGCUUCCUUGAAGUAUAAUGAUAAUGGUGGCAUACGCGAGCACAUUAUGGAAUUACGUGACAUCGCUGCCCAAUUAAAAUCAUUGGAAGUAGACAUGUCAGAGACUUUUCUUGUACACUUUGUUCUUAAUUCUCUGCCUAUGGAAUAUGCACCAUUUAAGAUCUCAUACAACACACAUACAGAAAAAUGGACUAUGAAUCAACUUUUAGCCAUGUGUGUUGAUGAAGAGCAGAGAAUAAAAUAAGAGAGGCAAGAGAGUAUUUAUCUCACCUCUCAUAAGGGAAAAGGACAUAAAGAGGUCGGCGGUACCAGUCAUCAUAUUCCUGUUAAGAAGAAGAAAAUGAAAGUGUCAGCCAAAGUGACUGAUAAAAGGCAAAUAAAGUGCUUCUUCUGUAGGAAACAGGGACAU